UAUCUUGUUGUGCAACUAGAUCCGGUAGGAAUGGUCGAACCGCUAAACGACCCGACUUUGGCGAAGACCGCGCAAGAGCUGCGGGUCCAGAAAUACGUGGCACAUCUGUCUGAGAUCGAUGAGCUGCCUAUGCCGCACAAGCCGAAUCACAAGUGUCGCAUCGCACUCGUAGGCCAAGGCCUCUGCCAGGAAGACGGCGACACUGGCAUCGACUCGGCCAUGUGUAUCCCGAUCUUCCCGGAGACCAAACACCCGCUUUCCCGGGAGCCUCUGCAGCCAACACCUUCAUUCCCGUUCCAAAAUUGUUAUCAGUAC